ACACACGUUCAAUAGGGGACCACGUUCAAACACACAUACCUGAACAAACACUCACAGUCCUGGACCACUGGAGGCCAUUAGAGACAUGGAGUGUUCGUCCGUGCUGGUGGAGACUGCUGGUAUCCAUGACAACAGUGUAGAGUUGACCCUGGAGCAGAGUCCAGCCCUCAUCUCCUCAUUCUGCAACGAGCUAGACUGCAUGGAUGGAGGAGGGGGGUAUGACAUCGUGAAUAACCAGGUGAUACCAACACCGGGGCCACCACCAAACUACAGAUCACACAAUGCCUCACUUCAACAAAGCUGGGAGAUGAACUACCAGGAAGCAGCAAUCUAUCUACAGGAAGGAGAGAACAAUGAUAAGUUCUUUACACACCCUCGGAACCCCAAGGCGCUGGCAGCGUACCUAUUUGCUCACAACCACCUGUUCUACAUGAUGGAGCUGCUAACAGGAGUCCUACUGAUGGUCCUGUCACUCUGUGAGGCUCCUGCUGUACCAUCACUACGCCUGGAUGUUUACGUCCAUGCCACUCUGGAGUUACUGGCUCUGGUUAUGGUGGCGUUUGAACUGUGUAUGAAGCUGCGCUGGCUCGGCUUCCACACAUUCAUCAGACACAAGAGGACCAUGGUGAAGACUUGUGUGCUGCUGCUCCAGUUUGUGGAGGCCAUAGUGGUUCUGAUCCGGCAGACAUCGCACCUGCGUGUGACCAGAGCUCUCAGACCCAUAUUCCUGGUGGAUUGCAGAUACUGUGGUGCCGUGCGAAGAAACCUGCGUCAAAUUUUCCAGUCCCUUCCCCCUUUUAUAGACAUCCUGCUGCUGCUGCUCUUCUUUAUGGUCAUCUUUGCCAUCCUGGGCUUCUGUCUGUUCUCCCCUAAUACUUCUGAUCCAUACUUCAACACUCUGGAAAACAGCAUCGUGAGUCUUUUUGUGCUCGUGACCACAGCAAACUUCCCAGAUGUGAUGAUGCCAGCGUACUCUCGCAACCGCUGGUCCUGUGUCUUCUUCAUUGUCUACCUCUCCAUAGAACUUUACUUCAUCAUGAACUUGCUCCUGGCGGUGGUGUUUGAUACGUUUAACGGUGUUGAGAAGAUGAAGUUUAAAUCUCUGCUGCUUCACAAACGCUCUGCUAUCGACCAUGCCUUCCAACUUCUGGUCAGCAGACAGAGGCCAAUGGGUGUGUCUCUGAAGCAGUUCGAUGGUCUGAUGCGUUUCUACAGACCUCGUAUGUCAUCCAGAGACCGCUUCCUCACAUACAAGGCCCUCAACACUGCAGGAGCACCCAUGCUCAGCCUGGAUGACUUUUAUAAGUUCUAUGAAGUCAUCGGUCUCAAAUGGAAGGCACGGCGGAGCGGGGAACACUGGUUUGAUGAUCUUCCACACACUACUUUUCUUAUCUUCAAAGGCAUCAACCUGCUGGUCAAGUCUAAAGCCUUCCAGUAUACCAUGUAUGUGGUGGUGGCCGUUAACGGAGUGUGGAUCUUAGUAGAGACCUACAUGUUGAAUAGUGGAUUCUCCUGGUCCAGAAUGGUUCCCUGGAGCUACAUCGUCUUCCUAACGAUCUAUGGGGUGGAGGUGUUGUUAAAGAUAACAGGCUUGGGGCCGUUGGCCUACUUCAGCUCUGGCUGGAACCUGUUUGACUUCUCUGUGACUGUGUUUGCCUUUCUGGGCUUGAUUACUCUGGCCUUCGACAUGGAGCCCUUCUACUUCAUUGUGGUGCUCAGACCGCUGCAGCUACUCAGGUUGUUUAAGAUAAAGCAGAGGUAUCGCAAUGUGUUGGACACCAUGUUUGAACUCUUCCCAAGGAUGGCAAGUCUGGGGCUGACACUGAUUAUCUUCUACUACUCCUUUGCCAUCGUGGGGAUGGAGUUCUUCGCUGAUGUAGUUUACCCUAACUGCUGCAAUACCAGUACAGUAGCAGAUUCCUACAGGCAGAUCAAUGUAACCAUAGGCAACAGGACGGUGCUGGACGAGGGCUACUACUAUCUCAACAACUUCAACAAUAUCCUCAGCAGCUUUGUGACUCUGUUUGAGCUGACUGUGGUAAACAACUGGUACAUCACCAUGGAAGGAGUGACAUCCAUGACCACUCACUGGAGCCGCCUCUACUUCAUGACCUUCUACAUCGUCACCAUGGUGGUGAUGACCAUCAUCGUUGCCUUCAUCCUGGAUGCGUUUGUGUUCCGUAUGAACUACAGCCGGAAGAACAAAGAACCACUGUUAGAUCCUGAGGAUGAGAACGGUAUAGUGUUUGAGGCAGAGGUGAGUCGUGACGAGGCGUUGGCCACUCUGGAGCUGUAUAAGAAGACGUGUCCAGGGCUCUCCUCACUUAACUCUCUACAGGGAGUACUGCUGGCCAUGGACCGCAGUGGGAGCUCGUCUCUGGUGUAUCUGGGUCGGAGGUCGCGGACCAAGAGUGACCUCAGCAUGAAGAUGUACGAGGAGGAGAUUCAGGAGUGGUAUGCUGAGUACUCCAGAGAGAAUUUACCCCAGUCAGACAGAAGCCUAGUGGAGAGAGAGCUGGACAUCCCUCCUCCCUGCCCUGAACGAGAAUCCUAACCCCAGCUCAACUCACAAGCACCAACUAAUACUCACUGUUUCUCUCUUUCAAACACACCUCUUUGACUUCAGUCAUCAUGCCACAGAACACUCUGAACUAAAUGUUUUCCACAAUGACAAUACGGAGACACACUCAACACUCCAUCUCUUCCUUCCCUCCCUCCACCCAUCCUGAGGGAUUGUACUCUGGCAUCCUGUUGGACAGUCGGGAUGUGGACAGAUGUGAUGUCACUGGACUACAGCCUGGAUCCGUGUUGAUAUAAAUCAUGUUGUUUUCUCUCUGACUGGAUCGCAGUGCUCAAACAGGUUUAAGAGCUUUAUCUAACCCCAACCCUUACAGGACUUAGUCUGCUGAUGCAUGGCUUAGAGGUCAGGGUUUUUAAGUGUUAGGGUUAGGCCCUCUAGCUGUGAGACAGAGCUGAUGUUCAGGACCUGAGUACGAUGAGACACUAGGAUGGGAUUUCACAGUACUCUUUUUUUGUUUUUACUGCACGGAGAGGACACAUCUGGACGGGGAACGGACACACAUCAUAGAGAUAAAUAGAGGACUAGUGCCCAAAAGCCUGGUGUAGCCUGGGCAAUGCCAUUGAGGACUUUAACCAUUUUGAAGUAGUCAAUUGGGUGGGACUUUCUAUGGUUUAAGGAAGGAACAAAUCGUUCUAUCCAGGUCAUCAGGAAGGACCAGCCAAUGAAUUAUACUCGUACCCAGACAUUCCAUAACUGCAUGUGGCAUUAAAUCACUAACCUUGGCUUUAUACCUGUUCAAAACACACUCCAGGUGGCAGUAAAUCACUAACCUUGGCUUUAUACCUGUUCAAACACACUCCAGGUGUCAGUAAAUCACUAACCUUGGCUUUAUACCUGUUCAAACACACUCCAGGUGUCAGUAAAUCAUUAACCUUGGCUUUAUACCUGUUCAAACACACUCCAGGUGGCAGUAUGCCAAGUUUGUAGAAGUAGUAAAAAUAGGAAUUGAUUACUGCAAAAUGGAGAAUGCCUCAAUGGUGCUGCCAAUGCUCUGACACUAAUGGGACAGAUACAAUGUUACAUCCUCCAUCUCUAUGAGAUGAACACUGCUGCAUGUCGAUACACUCCACAGCCUAUUUUGUAGCCACUCCCCUCCUGUGUUCAUUCGUCAUUGGACUGUCCUGGCAUCAAGACACGCCCACCCUGUCUGCCAGUAGUAAUCUCAAGCCACUACACACACCCCUCAAACCCCUGCACCUGUCCAGUAACCUACAGCUAUAUCUCCUAACCAGUGUUUCAACAAACCUAAGACAGUACUUUUAUAACUUGUCAGUGUAUUAAAUGAGGAAUAAUUUAAAUAAAUGUUUGACUUUGUCAAGUGCAUUUACAUAGCUACCUUAACUGACUUGCCUAGUUAAAUAAAAAUAAAAAGUUAAGAACAAA